AUGCGAUCGAACGCCUUAACGCGCAUGCAACAAGAGACGAUGGACUAUUCCAAGAUGCUAUCUAUCCUCAAGUAUAUAUACCGAGUGCCUGAACCACCAGAGAAGCGAUCGAGGCCGUUACGAGUGAUCUGUCUUGGCCUCCCACGAACUGGGACAGAGUCGCUUAAAAGCGCUCUUGAAAUUCUUGGGUUCGACGGAGUGGCACAUGGCUUCGAGUGGUGGCUUCGUCACCCGAAUCAUAGCAUGCUCUAUUGCGAACUCUUACUACUGAAGUUGCAAAACCGCAUGCCAAGUCCAGUGGUUCUUCGAGAACGCUAUUUCGAUCGCCUUCUAGGUGACAUGGAGGCCUCUACUGAUGUUCCCACGGUUUGGUUUGCGACCGAGCUUUUGCAAGCAUACCCCGACGCCAAAAUUGUUCUAAACCGGCGCCGUGAUAUACAGGCUUGGAAAAAAAGUUUCCGCGCAUCGGUGUUGCCAAUGAUGCAAAGCUCGCAGUACUGGAUUGCUAGCUGGUUUAAUGCGGAAUUGUUUUGGGGGGUCUGGCUGACCAGCCUCGGACAUCAAACGUUUCUUUUCAAAGGCGAUUUCGAGAAGAAUGCUGAGAAAGCAUUUUCGGAUCAUUAUGAAAGCUUAGAACUGAUUUUGAAAGCCAAUGGACGGGAGUACCUCGAUUGGUCUGUCGACGAUGGCUGGUCAGACCUCCCCCUUUCCAGCAGUGCUUUGCGCGAAUUUGGCCCCAAAUUGAUGAUUGUGGACAAAGAGCGGUUCCGAAAAGCUAGGGAGAACGCCCUCCUCUGUCUUUCUUUCCUUGUGGCACUAGCGGUCCCUCUCAUCAUCCAUUUCUUUGCUCCUUCUUUCUCUGAUUGUAAGUCUGAGGCCUGCUAUGGUCGAAACCGCGAGGCCAUCAUGUGUAUUCUCAAAGCGAAGGGGCUGACUGUGGCAGGAAAGAAAUUACCCAUGAGUCGGUCACUCUACGGUACGUCUCGAAACGGUACGACAACCUACGCUCUUGAAUUGAUUUUCCAACCCUAA